UGCGGCAAGGCCUUUGCCCAGAAGGUCCACCUCGAGAACCACGUGCGCAUCCACACGGGAGAGCGGCCCUUCGCCUGCUCGGUUUGCGGCAAGAGCUUCAGCCGCAAGGAGCACAUUGGCCGGCACAUGCGCACCCACACGGGGGAGCGGCCUUUUUGCUGUUUUACCUGUAGCAAGAGGUUCAGCCAGAAGGUGCACCUGGAGAGCCACGUGCGCAUCCACACGGGCGAGCGGCCCUUUGUGUGCAGCACGUGCGGCAAGGCGUUUGGGCGCAAGGAGCACAUUGAGCGGCACGUCAGAAUCCACACGGGCGAGCGGGCAUUCCUGUGCACGGCCUGCGGCAAGGCCUUCUCCCAGAAGGUGCAUUUGGAGAACCACGUGCGCAUCCACACGGGCGAACGCCCUUUCCGGUGUUCUGCUUGCGGCAAAGCAUUUCGCCAGAAAGAGUACAUCAAGCGGCACAUGCGCACCCACACGGGGGAGCGGCCCUUUGCCUGCCCGACGUGCGGCAAGUCGUUCCGGCAGAAGGUGCACCUGGCCCGGCACGUGCGCAUCCACACGGGCGAGCGGCCCUUCGCCUGUGCCGUGUGCGGCAAGAGCUUCAGCCGCAAGGAGCACAUUGGCCGCCACAUGCGCACCCACACGGGAGAGCGCCCUUUCUGCUGCCCGACGUGCGGCAAGGCCUUUGCCCAGAAGGCCCACCUCGAGAACCACGUGCGCAUCCACACGGGCGAGCGCCCCUUUGCCUGCGCCGCCUGCGGCAAGGCCUUCCGCCAGAAGGAGCACAUCCACCGCCACAUGCGCACCCACACAGGUGAGCGCCCCUUUCACUGCGCGGCCUGCGGCAAGUCGUUCCGGCAGAAGUCCCACGUGGAGCGCCACCUGCGCACGCACGCCCGGAGCCCGCAGCAACCUCGCAGCAAGCCCAGCCCCCCUGGCAGUGCCCCCGCCAAGCCCUGCCAGCCCCUGGACUUUCCCUUGUGCGCCCCGCCUUUCGUGCCCCCCUGUACCUAGGCCAGGCCGCAAUAAACGGACUCUUCCUCGGA